AGCCUGGGAUUGCUGAUUUUGUUAAAAUAAUCUAACAUCUGCUACCUUGCCUAGUAUCCACUUAGCAACUGCAUGGCAAUAAACUGGGAAUACAUUAUAGGCUAGAAUAAUAAUUUCAACAAACAAAAGAUCCUGGAAGGAUCCUGUUUGCUCUCGGUGAGAUUUCAACAUGUGCUGUUAAUAAUAUGUGCACGGUUUUAAACUUCUGUUCCCUGUGAGAUAAGAGGCGCUACCACGUGCAGGUACAUUAUAUAAGACAAAGUUUGAGGAACUGGAUACAUCACAUCAUCCUAUACCCAGCACAGCACCUCAGGGGAUACCCGAAGCGCCUUCACCAUGAGAACUCUUCUCGUCUUCCUCGCUUGCUCACUGGCUGCUGUGAUGGCAGCUCCUCCUCAAAACAAAGGCAUUAUCAUUAAUCUGGAGAACGGCGAGUUGUGUUUAAACAGCCUCCAGUGUAAAAGCUCCUGUUGUCACAGGACUUCAGGGGUCAGCUUGGCUAGAUGUAUCCAUUUAGCUGCCGACAAACAGGAAUGCUCUCCAAAGACUCUAUAUGGGACCUACUACCGCUGUCCCUGUGAAAGUGGUCUCAAGUGUAAGACUGACAUCAGCAUAGGUGGAUCCAUCACAAACACCAACUUUGGAAUCUGUUACGAUCCCAGUGAUGAGGCGCCCAGUGACAAGGCAGAGUCUUCUUAAACAGACACCCCCUGUCCCAUUGAACAGCACCAGCACUCUACUGCUAACACUGGCACACGGCUCUUCUCUUGAACACCACACAGCUUGAAUCCACCCACAACACUGGCAAUAGAGUGGAGUGACACCCCCCCAACCCCCCCCCCCCCUUACUCUAUCUA